AUGACAAACUGGAAUGCUACGACCUUUGAGACUACCAAUUGGACCAACGUCUAUCCUGUUCUAGAUCCAGCACCAGAAGAGUUUGUAGAGUACAACGAAACGUUUGACGAUGAGGCUACGGAUACCGGUAGUACUGGUUACACAUUUACGCAUCGACAUGUGGUCAUGUCUGUUGUCCCUCAUAUUACCGGAUUGCUUUCGCUAGUCGGGUCGUCCUUCAUAGUUAUUGAUAUCUACCGCAAGCGCUUUCGUUCGGUACACGACAGACUGCAUUUUGGAUUGGCAGUCAGCGAUAUCAUCGCCUCUUUGGGCAUGGCACUCUCCACUUGGCCGGUUCCUCGGUACCAAGCACAAAGUACGUGGGGAGCCUUGGGCAACAUCCAUUCGUGUGAAUUUCAAGGCUUCAUCAUUCAGCUUGGACUGGCGACACCUCUUUACAGCGCAGGAUUGAGUAUCUACUACGUUCUGCUCGUCAAAUUCAGCUUUCGGCCCGAUUCCAAGCAAAUGUUGUGUUGGGAAAAGAUUUGUCACUGUUUUGCUACCAGCUUGGCCCUUGUUACGGCGGUGAUCUCUCUGGCCAUGAAGCAGUACAACAACGCCAAUGUUUGGUGCUGGAUUGCUCCUUAUCCCUACGGUUGUGAAGACAAGGGAACUUGCGAACGUGGGAACCACGCCACCAUUCUUCGCAUGGUGUUUUACUUUUCCUGGUUGUGGGCGAGUUUCAUCAUUGUCACCGUUUGCAUGAUAUUACUGGUCCACACUGUCGUCGCGCAAAACUCCAAGAUGGAUCGGUAUAGGCAACGGGGGCAACAGAGAUCGAAGAGUCGCGACAAAAACGUCCGCGAUGUAGUGAUCCAGAGCACAAUGUACAUUUUGGCAUUCAUGAUUACGGCCCUCCCUCUUUCGGUUGCUCGCAUUUAUCAAGCCAAGUACUCUUGUAGCAGCACGUUCUUUCCACUCUCGAUGACAACCGUCACCGUGUUUCCUCUACAAGGGUUCUGGAACGCGAUCAUCUUCUUUAAAACAAGAUUCAUCCGGCACGUUUCCGAGGGGCCAAUUGGCAAGCACAUGGCUAGGCUCAGUUCUCGCAUGACCCUGAACUCCUCAUCAAUACAGGGUUUUUCUCUAAAGAGUAUGAAGUCCAAGGGUGGGAGCAGCCUUCGUGACCUCUUUGGGAGUGGGGGCGAAACAAAGGCCACAUCAUCCCGAGAAUCCAGCGGCUCCGGACACCUUUGUACUCACGACGCGGAGGCCAAUGCAAGCGUAAGCAUCAUGGUGCUGGAUCUGUCUGAUAGUAGUGAAGGAGAAUCCGACACUGAAGGCGGGAACAAGAGUUGGUGCAUCACCGAUCUUCAGCGCAGCGUGGCUGCACUGAAGGCUUCAGAUUGCAAGGACGAUGGAAGUAUGGAGGGCAAUGACUCGCAGUGA